AUGGAUAAAGCUCCUCGCAAACCUAAGCAACUUUAUAGAAAGGAUGCUUAAAUUAAAUCUGAAUAAUAUAUGAAUUAUGAUUUAUUCCAAAAUGAGGAAUAGACAUCAUUUUUAUCUUAAUCUUUCUGCAGCUCAGUUUCCCAACGUGAUAAAGAUGGGGAAAAAAUAUUUAAGCCUUGUAUUUCUAAUAGUAUAUUAGAUAUAACUACUGAUGAUAUAUAAGUUGAAUAAAGCAGAACUAAUAUAAAGUUUUUACCCAUAAUUUACCUUUUAUCAAGUGGAAUAACUAUGUUUGGAGGAAUAAUAAAUUAAUUCCAAUAAAGAAAACAAAAAAUAGACACUUUAUUGCCUUAGUUCCUUGAGUUACCUUUUAGAUAAUUGCACAUAUUCUAGAUUGGAAUUGCUUUGACUUCAGUGACAGGAGUAAUUAAUCACAUUCUAACAUAUUUAAUGUGGAGACAAAGCAAAUAACAUUAUAAUGAUGCUUAACUUAUAAACUGCCUAAUAGGAAUUUUUUCUCAACUUUCCAUUUUUGUAUUCUCUAUACUACCUUCUGCUAUGCCUACCAAUUUAGAUAUUAGAUCAGAGGAUUGUAUGUUUUUAAAUCUAUAUUUUGUUGCUAGUUUCUUAUAUUAAUGCAUAUAUAUGUACUGCAUGGUAAGAACAGUACCAAAGAUGAUCAAAAUAGCCUAUUCUUACUAAAUUAGAAUAGCCUUUUUCGUUAUCUGUGUAAUCGUCUUUGUCUUCUAUGGUUUUACUGGAAUUGCUGGUUAAGGUCAUUAUCUUAGAAUUGAUUAAUUAGCUAUUUAAAACGCAAACUCUAUUUGUGCCUUUAUUUUGUUUGCUUUGAAUACAGUCUUCAUAUCUCUUUUUUAUUUUGACCUAAAAACAGUAAACUUGAUUCUAAAAUUUGCUCACAUUCAAGAUGUAAAAAAGAUAAGAAAAUACAACCAAAGCAUAUUAUGA